AUGACAACAACAACUCAAGAGGGAACGAUCCCCAACAGAUGGCACGACCUUAGACUACCUCUCGAACCCUACCUCCUCACCACCUCUUCCCGUCUUGCCACUUCUAUCAAGGAACUUACCCCGGCUGGAGAAGCAGUCUAUGAGCCCGAAGAAGAUGCAGCGCAGCGCUUGACGAAAGACCUCAGACGGCUGUGGGAGAGAGGGGACUAUGCAGAGCUCACUGAGGACGCGUUGAGGCGGGAGAUGGAGCAGGAAGGUGGGAAGGACGAUCAGAUCCAGGAGGAUCAGGAGCAGGAGGACGAUGGGGAGGAGAGCGAGGAAGAGGCCAUCAGACCUGAGGAACUGUGGAAGCUUAAGCAGGAGGUGUUGACCAAGCUUCACGAAGCGAUGCAGCAGACGGUGACCUCGCAAACCCUUCUCGCGCUACUUCAACAGUCCUCCGGACCCCAGCCGAAGCCUUCCAGACUGGGGAUGCCUGCCCCCCCUCCCCCUCCCAUCCCAUUGGACGGGUUCCCAAGCAUGACGGCAACGCUCACGACCCCCAACGCACCAGUGGCGGCCACCCAGCUUCGGAGACUCCAGCUCUCCGCCGGGCUGAGAAAUAGCUCCCUCCGCCACGCGUGCCGGAUAUUCGACACCGGGGCAGAGGACAUCGAGCGCUCGCUUUCGAGAGAAGGGCAGUACUUCCAGCGCGCGCUGGCGCUGCGCGAACACUGGCGUCUUGCACCCCGGGUUGAGCGUGGGCAGCGCAGGCGAGCAGCUAAGGAUUCGGCAAGGGACUUUGAGGUGUAUUACGGGAUGGAAGGGGCUCCGUUGGCAGAGCGCGCGAGGGCUGUCGCACACCUCAACCCUACGAGUGGGGAGGGGGAGCUCCUCUUCCCCUCCCGUACGCACAGGCGGCUCCGAGUCUCCCUGCACGUCCUCUCCCCCUCUAGCCUCGCACACCUCGCAGGAUCCUCCACGCCCGACACCCCGCACUCAGAGCCCAAAGCAGACCUAAACACCCAGCUAAAAGAAGCACAACGCGAAGUCCUCGAUCGAGAAAUCUUCAACCGCAUCGUGAGGGAAUCGAUGGAUCUCGUACAGCUCUCCCCAGUGAUAAGGGAACGGAUGGUCUCCCUGCGUCCUCUGCCAGAGUUGGAGCUCACGUUCGAGCUCAUAGACCCGUCCGAGCCGCCCGAUCCCUCCGACCCAGCAGAACCUUCUCAUUCACCGGCGAUGCAGCUCCUCUGUUCCCUCCUCCCCCUCCUACACCUCCCACGCACACGCCCCUCUCUGCUCCAGCCCAUACUCACCCUUCUCCAAUACAACCAAUUCACGUCCCUCCUCACCCUCACGCUGUCCCAUAUCCAGCAGUCGCUCGCCUCCUCCGGCCUCCCAAUCCAAAUUCGUAAAUCCCUGGUCUCCCCCACACCCUCAGUCUGGCAAUCGAUACUCGGCACAGACCCCCAUGCCCUAGGGGGCGAAAUCCGACUUUCCCUCCCCGAGUGCGGCCCAAUCUUCCUGAGCGUCUCCUACCCUUCUGCCCUAGUUCUCCAAUCCCAAAAACAAGCGAUCUCUAUCACGUCCCUCGCUGAGCUACGCCAGUUCCUGGCAGCGGAAAUCCUCGCCCGGCUAGGGAAGCUGUUGGAACGUAUUGCUAGGCGGGUACUGCGCGCGCAUGCGGCCUCACUAGGGGGGGGUAUGGAUGUGGAAUGGACACUCGGUCCAGGGGGGAAAGGUUGGUGCGAAUGGACCUCCGGAGCAGUAAGCUUCCAUCUCACCAUCUCCCUCUCCCUCUCUGCUUCAUCCACCUCCCCCUCCUCCUCGGGCGAGCACGAACCCGAUUGGGGGACGUUCGACCUCAAGGGAAAAGCCGUGUUCUCGAAACGUUUGGGCAGGGAGGGGAUGACCCCUGCUACCCCGACACCGACACCGACACCGACACCGACACCGAUACUGGGCGUGGGGAUGGGGACGGGGAUGGGGAGAGUGGAAAGACUGACCAAGAGCUGGCCUGAGAGGGGCGUGGGUGUGGAGGAAUGGUUCGAGAGCGGGAUGAGGUGGGUCGUGUUAGACGAGUGAGCCUGUGGGCCUGUGGGCGGUCGGCUGGUGGUGGUGGUGGUGGUGGUGGUGGUGGUGGUGGUGGUGUGCGGGUGAGUUGUAGCCUUCGGUUUGUGGUUUGGGAGUGUUUGAGGGAGGGGCGACUGUUGUGGUUCACAUGUCUUUGUAGAGCUCUAGCAGAUUAGCCAAUGACAUACUUGCAGA